UGUGUUUUUAAGACCGUGGUUUGGAUGAUUUCUGCUUCUAUUUUAAUUUCUUUAUAAUUAUUUUAUUUGCGUAGCUUUAAAUUUUAAAACAUUCAAAGAGUGUAUAUGAUAUAGUGAUGAUAUGAUUUCUUAACAAGCCUCGAGUGCAAGUGAUUUCCAUCAGUGCCUUUGCGUUCUUGUGUGUGUUAUAAAUAUAAUUGUAUACGAAGAAGGUGCUAUGCUAACUAAUACUAUUAGUAACCAACAUAAUAAACAACACGCACAGUGAUACUGGCACUGUAUUACUUAGUUUAGUCCUAGAAUAUGUUACUACAGGUAGGAAUUUUUACAAAUAGAGAAAUUUUCUGUCCUCACAAAACACUGCAGGUGAAUUGAAUGAAUUUUUUCACAGUUUUGUGCCCAAAGUUUUCCUUGACUUCUGGAAUAUCUUGUGUUUGGUUAAAAAAGAACAUUAUUAAUCUGUGUGUAGUAUCUCAUUAUGAAGCAAAGUUGCUUAGUAGUUUUUUAAAUGUUUAUGGAUUUGAGUAUCCAAAGAAGACGUGUUUAAGAACAAACAUUCAAAACAUACAUAAUCAUCGUGCACACUCAGCAAAAGUUUCUAGAUGGCUGUUUAGUUCUAAACCUUUGGAUAAAAAGCAAGAAAGCAUGGUUAAGAUAUUGAAUGUAGCUGAAAAGAAUGAUGCAGCAAAGCACUUAUCAGAGAUUAUGUCAAAAGGUAGAUACAAAAGAAGAGAGGGAUUAUCAAAAUUCAACAAAAUUUAUGAAUUUGAAUACUAUAUAUUAAAUCAAAAAUGUGCUAUGAUGAUGACAUCUGUUUCUGGACAUCUCCUAAACCUUGAAUUUGUUGGUGCAUAUAGAAAAUGGAAUGGUUGUAAUCCAUUAGCUUUGUUUGAGGCUCCAAUUGCACGAGAAUGUCCACAAGAGUAUAUUGACAUCAAAAGGACACUUGAAAGAGAGGUGAGAGGCUGCAACACUCUCAUCAUUUGGACUGAUGGUGACAGAGAGGGAGAAAACAUUGGUUUUGAGAUAAUAGAAGUUUGUAAGAAUGUUAAACCAAAUAUCCAGGUUUAUCGGGCUCGUUUCUCAGAGAUUACCCAGCAAGCAGUGAGUCGAGCAUGCCAGAAUCUUGUCCUACCAGACCAGUGCCAGAAUGAUGCUGUGUACGUUCGCAGAGAACUUGACCUUAGAAUAGGAGCAGCAUUCACACGUUUCCAGACACUAAGAUUGAAGAAGGUUUUUCCUGAAGUGCUAAGCGACCAACUGAUCAGUUAUGGUAGUUGUCAGUUUCCCACACUGGGUUUUGUUGUGGAGAGAUACAAGCAAGUCCAAGCUUUUGUACCUGAACCUUUCUGGAAGAUCAAAGUGUCUCACCAGAAGGAAGAUGGAGCUGUAGACUUUUCAUGGAAAAGAGGGAGGUUGUUUGAUCACACAGCUUGUCUAGUUUUGUACCAGAUAUGUCUUGAGAAUCCGACUGCAACGGUUUUAGGGGUGAAAACUAAACCUAAAAGCAAGUGGCGACCUUUACCAUUGGACACUACGGAAUUGGAGAAAACUGCAUCCAGGAAACUAAAAAUUACUGCCAAAGAAACUAUGAGAAUAGCAGAGAAACUGUACACAAAGGGCUUUAUUAGUUACCCUAGAACAGAAACUAAUAGUUUUCCCAAAGACCUGAACCUGAGAAGUUUAGUGGAAAUGCAGACAGAAGAUCCAAACUGGGGAGGAUUUGCUGCUGGUAUUCUUCAACAAGGUCCCAACCCACGACAGGGAUCAAAGAGUGACAAUGCUCAUCCUCCAAUUCAUCCAACUAAAUACACUAACAGUUUGGAGGGAAAUGAUCGCCGAAUCUACGAGUUCAUUGUCCGUCAUUUCCUGGCAGUUUUGUCACAGGAUGCUCAGGGUUUGGAGACUACAGUGGAUAUUGAGAUUGCUGGAGAGAAGUUUAGUACAAGUGGUCUUAUCAUCACUGCCAAAAAUUACUUAGAAGUCUAUCCAUAUGACAAAUGGAACACAAAGGUUAUCCCAAAUUUUACACAAGGGGAAAUGUUUCAGCCUUCAUCCAUAGAGAUGGUAGAUGGAGAAACAUCCCCUCCAGCAUUACUUACAGAAGCAGACUUAAUUGCUUUAAUGGAAAAACAUGGAAUAGGUACAGAUGCUACACAUGCUGAACAUAUUGAAACCAUCAAGUCCAGGUUCUAUGUGGGUUUAAAUCCAGAGGGUAGGUUUAUUCCUGGAGAGCUUGGCAUGGGAUUAGUGGAAGGUUAUGAUUUAAUGGGAUUUGAAAUGUCCAAGCCACAUUUGAGAGCUGAAUUUGAAGCAGAUUUGAAAAGAAUCUGUGAAGGAACGAGAAACCCACAAGUGGUGUUGCAAGAACAGAUUCAGAAGUACAGAGCAGUUUUUGUGGAAGCUAUGGACAAGGCAAACAGGUUGGAUGAGGCAUUAGCUCAGUAUAUUGGAGAAGCCCAAGAGUUUGUUCCUGAUCCUGUAGAAGAUAGUGGCUUGCAACCUGUUAUGAAGUGUCCAAGGUGUGGUAGUGCUGAUAUUGUGAUAAGAAACAGGAAGAAUGGCCAAGGAUUUUUUCUGUCUUGUAUGGGAUUUCCCCAGUGUCGUAGUGCCCUCUGGCUUCCUGGAUUUGUUGAAAACAUUAUGGUAGAAAACUCCUUGUGUUCAGAAUGUCAUCCUCAACGUGUUCAGAAACUACAUUUUAAAGUGAAGAGAGGAUCUUUGUCACCUUUCUAUCCAGAUGAGUUUUCUGGUUGCUUAGGUGGUUGCGAUACUAGACUUAUGGAGACUCUAGGUGUCAGACCUCUCUCUAACCCGAACAUAGAAUCUCAUGAGCAGAGUGAAAGGUCAUUCCAGAGUGGAAUUCAUGGCAAUAAUUCAAGAAGAAAUGAUUCAUACUGUAGUACCACUGGUGACAGUGGAUUUGAAUCGGUGGGAUCUGGAAACUUUAGUGCAGAUGUUAGAGCCAUAUAUUCUCAAAACUCUACUACUACAAAUGUUCCACCUCAGGGACUAGUCUCUUCAUUUCAUAACAAUGGCAUUGCUCUAUCUUCUCAAAGGACACCAGUUUCAAGAGCUGUUCUGAGACCACUAAAUCAGUCAAACAUGCCAGGCCAACUAGGUCAACAAGACAUUGUCUGUAAAUGUGGUGAAACAGCAUUAUUAUUGACAGUCAAGAAAAAUGGACCAAAUAUGGGAAGACAGUUUUAUAGGUGUGGUAAAAAAGAAAAUGAAUGCAACUUCUUUAUGUGGGCAGAUGACAGUAUAACCCCGAUGUCUUCUGGCCAAGAUUUCUUAAGUCCACCAAAUGACAACAAUUUGAAUUCUGGGGUAUUGAAUCACCAAGAUGUGCAUUGUCAGUGUGGUGGUGUUGCAAAACUUUUAACAGUCCAGAAGGAAGGACCAAACAAAGGUCGUCAGUUUUAUGUAUGUGCCAAACCCCAAGGACAACAGUGUCAGUUCUUCCAGUGGGCAGAUGGCAUUGUUGCUGGUUCAUCUUUCUCGGCCAGUAGAGGUGAGAGUCGAGGUGCUAGAAGACCCACGACAGUACGUUCUACAGGAAAAAAUGAGAAGCAAGGGACAAAAAGAAAGAGAAGGUGUGGUGUAUGUGGACAGGAAGGUCAUACACGUAAAUCUUGUCCUAUGAAUAGAUAGUAUGAGAUUGACCAUUACAGUAUGCCCAUUAUGUCCUACCAACUUAAAAUGUGACUAUUUUAGGACUGAUUUUAAAAUAAGUCUCUCUAGUAGUUUAAUGUCAUUUUUACCUUUGACAUACUAAGCUUUGGAAGCAAUCUCAACAAAUGACGUUUAUCAGGUUACAAUGAUGGUAUGACCCAUUCAGUUACUUCUACCACUUGUCUGAUUGUCAAGCUCUAAAUUGUGGCUAAAAAUGGGCUUUAGAAAUCCCCAUUCAUUCAGCUUCAGAGGUUUCUAACAAAUACCAAACUGAUAGAAAUCUGAAGAGUGGUGCUGCUAAAGAAACUUUUAAAUUUUAGGUUGAUGAUGGUAUAGUAAGAGAAAUCUGAAGAGUUGCGAGGAAAAUGGAAAAAAAAACAUUUCCAUGAUACAAAUAUAGCAGGUAGUGUGAGUGUUAUGUUCUCAGGUUAAGAAAUAUUUAAAUUUUUUUUUAAUGUGCAAGUCACUAGAAACAAAAUUGUUUGAAAGGGUUAAUAAGUUUUCAAGUGUGCUCAAAAUUUUCAUGAAAAAUAUCAACAUCAUAAAUUUUAUUAUAAAUAGUAAAUGAUUUUAAGUUUGGGUUUAUGAUAUCAUCAGCCCACACUUGGAAAUACUGCUAUUGGAAAACUUGCAGAACAUCAUCUUCAGCUGAAAAGAGAAGAAAGAAACUGUAAUAAAGUUCAACAAAUGGUUUUAACCAUUCAAAUCUUUGUUCAAUAUGAAGUCAGAGAGAAAGUAAAAGUACAUAUUCUUUAGUUAGGCACAAGAUCAGACCACACUGUUGGUAAAAAUGUAACUCAUUUGCUUAAUUUAAACGUUUUGCAAUGUCUUUUCUACAUUUAUGUGGUUCAUAUUUUUGACAAUAUCGUUAUGGGACAUUGCUUAUGUUUGAUAACUGAACUGUUAUCCUGUAUAGUCUAUUGUAUAUAACUUUUGACAUAAAUAUUUUGUAGGUUUAAUUUUUCUUGAAUUGUAAGUUAACUUUCAAUAUUUUUCCUUUUGAACAUACUGAAAUAUGAGUGUACAUGUUGUCAGAAUAAAAUAUUGUAGUGUAGAUAAAAA